AUGGCCAAGGUACGAGCUCCGAAGGAGGCCAAAAACUCAAAGAGCCACCUAAGAGCUCGACUGGAGUAUCUGCAGCAAGCAGCAAACUUUCUCCAGAAUGCUCACUUGCAGCGGACAACUGCAGCAGAUCUCAGCACGAAAUAUUGCAAUGCAGCUAUGAAUCAUGAAGCUACAGAGCAGGUAGCGCCUCAAAUUACCUCGGAAAGAGAAGAUGUGAAGUCCGCAUCAAAUCCCACCAGUCAGCAUUCUAUUCAGAAACCGUUGACGAAUAUAUCCCGGGUUUAUGUAUCCCAGAUGCGUGGUGUGUCGUUGAAAACACAGACUCGUCUUGCCAUCCCAGUCAAGCGGUCAUUCUGCAAACGUUGCGACGCCUCUCUCAUCCCUGGAGCGAAUUGCAUUCAAGAGAUCCGGAAUGAUAGUCGAGGCCAGAAGAAACCAUGGGCAGACGUAAAGGUGGUACGUUGCCUGGCCUGCGGCACUGAGAAGCGAUUUCCUCAGACAGAGAAGCGCAGCAAGAAGCUCCCUGAGCGUCGUCACCUGUCCAAGCAACAGGAAUCAGUCGAUGACUCAUGA